GUUCAGCUGACGAGUGAAUUCCGUCCGGAGCCAGCGUCAUCUCCGCGAGCUGCAAGCGUCCCAUAUUGCAUUUUUCGUCGUUUCUUUUCCACGGUUUCGUGCCUUUAUCAACGGCGAUAACCGCACGAGUCCACCGCGAGAGUCGACCUUGUCGCCCUAUCAGACCUCAUUAAGCCUUUGUCAUCCCGUCCAGACGCCACGGGUUAAGUGAGCGAGCGUUUUCGCCUUGUCCUUGUGCUUUCGCUGCGUUUACGAGCCCUUUAACUCGGGUCGACCUUUGCGCUUUUCGGAAUCUCGUCGUGCCUCGACACCAGGAGUUUUUGAGGUGUUUUUGGUGAAUUGUUUCGUGCGAAUACUCUCAGUUUUCGUGCGAGUGGACAGCGUACAUUAGUGUCGUCACAGUAUCGUGUUUCAGUGUCCAUAGACUGCUCUUCGCUCGAGAACUUAUCUGUUAUCAAGUCGAAGUAUUUCCUGCUCGUCAAUUGUUUUGGACUCCUUCCUCGUGAAAUUGUGCACUGUCGAGCUGUGCAUUUUUUCGCAAUUGGUAUUUGUUAAGUUGCGGAAUUGACUUUAGUCAUACUGACCUUUAUUUGCGCGGGAAACGUAUGCGUUUUGAAUUUUUUUCGUGUCCUGAAAUCUGUCCGUUCGUUUGCUCCUGCUCGUAUUGCAAAAAGGACGAAAUAAAUAACAUUCUUGUGGACUCCUCUUCUUAAUCACGGAGCUUUGUGAAUCACAGGUUCAAAAAAUUUUACGCGGACUUUUGAACUGAAUUGAAUUGCAUUGAAUUGUACAACCACUGAAUCGUGUUGUAUACUAUACAAAUUAUACAAUUUUCCGUAUUGUAACCUCUUCCUCUUUUGGAUGAACCAUAUCGUGCGUUUAUUAGAUUACAUUUCCUAGUCUCCUACGUCACCCGUAUUGUACGUACAACCGUGGUACUUACACUUGUCGCAAUGUGCGUUUUAACGUAUUGUACGUCCCCUCGUAUUGUAAUUUCGUCGCUUUGAGCAUUUACCCAUAUUGUAGGUUCGUCCGUAUUGUAAAAAAUGACAACUGCACGAGAACGUCGUCAAACAAUCGAAGCUGCUUAUGCACGCCGUACCACUGUUCCACCUGUACUCAGUUUGGUACUCCACGUGAGAGUACCCGUUACCCAGUGCUACCCUCUCAUCGUCCGCAUUUCUGACCUCACACGAAAUGCCGUCAAAAAAGACGCUUGCUGAUCGCCGAAGCGCAGAAGUAUAUCCAGCAGAAAUCUCCUCCAAAGCACCAUGAACUAAAUUGUAUGCUGUGAUUAGAAAUUUAUGAGUGCUGAAAAAAAAGUAAAGCCAGAUUUUUAUCAGUGUGUGUGAUGGAAACACGAUUCGAACAGAAUCGGGUGCUAUUGUAGGUGGCUUUAGCAGCAGACUAAAUCUGAAUGGAAUGUGAGUUUGCGAUUCGCGCGACUGAUGCAAUUCCGCCCGGUUCUAUCCUUUAGAUGCGCGUUGAGAGAUUGAGGGAAGCUAAGUGGAGCCCAGGUUUUUCGGAGAUUUCGGGAACUUUCGGGAUUUUCGGAAUUGGGAGUGUCUUGAUCGGAAAUAUCGGUUGGCGUAGACUUUCGGAGACAUUUUCGGAGAUUUUUUUUAACGGAGUGUUGAGGCAGUGGAGCCGCGCAGCAUGCCUUUGUAUCGUCCGGACUCACAUCCGUCCCGCAGCGCACCGGAUUUGAAACACCCUCAGGCUCACUCCUCAAGCAACAGGACCUUGUCGACGCCCGGCGUUGGGGGCAGCGGAGGAUUCAGCCUCAAGGAGUACGAGGAGCAGCUCAACGCUCUCAAAAAGGAAAACUUCAACCUCAAGCUCCGCAUCUACUUCGCCGAGGAGCGCAAAGAGCAGAUGAAGAGCAUCAAAAGCAUCGAGGAAGCCACACAGAAGAUCCUCGACCUCAGCGUUGAGUUAGAAACACUGCGGAAAGAGUUGUCAGAGAAGGAUGAGUUACUAGUAGAGACAGCUAAAGCCAUGGAUGUAUUGCAGCGGUCUUAUCAAACCAAAACAGAGUCACUCCAAAUACUCAGUGUCCAGAAAGCUCAAUUAGAAACACAGAACCAGACUCUGAGGAAGGAUCUCUUAGAUUUAAAACGCAAGUUAGUGACUGUAAAUGGUCAAAUUUCAUCUCCACCAUCCUCUAGUAGUCAAAGCCAGCUGGAUUUAAAGAAAAAGAAAAGCAGUGUUGCGUGUCAGCCUAGCUUCUCCGAGCAUAAAACUAGUGUUGCCACAUCGCCAUGCAAAUCUGCUGAUGACUCACCUUCGGAGAACGCAUCUUUGCGGGAACAGCUGACCAAAGUGUUGGUAGAGAAUACAAAGGCAAUGAAAACAAUACAGUACCUGAUGCAUGUAAACAAGCGAUUACGGCAGCAGAAAAAAGACACUUCAUCCUCUGCCCAAGAUCAGAACGAAGAGCAAACAAGCGAUUCUGGACGCACCGCAGAACUGAAAGCUGAGAUUGAAAGGUUGAAUUCUGAGCUUGCAGAUGCUAACAGAACAGCUCAUCAACUCAGACAGGAGGUCAAGAAAGUGAGCAGCGAUGCCUCAGAAAAAGUAAAAGAGUCUAGUCACCUUGAAAGAUGUAUAGAGGAAAAAGACGCACUGAUCAACAAGCUUAAUCAAGAACUGCGUGAACUUGAACUAAAAUUAGAGUUAGUGCAAUUAAAUGAGAAGGAAGAUCUUGCCCAACAACUCAGGGAAAAAGAAACAGAAAAUAUCAGGCUUAAAUCUCAGCUUCAAAAGCACACCUACAAUCUUCAGGAACUUGUAAACAAAGAGCUGUGGAGUAAAAACAGAGAAAUUGAGAAACUGAACAAACUGGCCGAGCGCCGGCAGUCAGAACUUCUUUCAUUGAAGACAGCUCUCAAGCGCACAGCCAAUGUGGAAGUGCUAGCCCCAAGAAUGGACAACCUCUCUGUGCAUUUGGAAGACAAAGAGAAUGUGGGUAAUCGCUUUGUACUGGCACAGUUGGAAACUGCAUUGGAGGAAGUUACAAAGCUUAGUGGCAAAGUCGCUCAGAUGGAAAUUGCUGAGAGGAAGUUAAUGGAGCAGUGUCAUGAAGCCAGGACUACUGCCGAGAUUGCAGAGAAACAGCUGAAAGAAUCAACUAAUGCUUGCCACCUUUUAACAACGCGGCUGGAAGAGCUAGCUGGGUUCCUUGACUCUCUCAUAAGCCAGAAUGCAUCUCUCUCUGAGGAAAAGCGUCGCAUACUCCAGGAAGCUGUAACACAGUCUCGGCUCCUGUCUAAAUCUUUGUCAGCUUCAUUUAUGGAUGGCACCUAUGCUGAGUCUGGAAUGGAGCUCUCACUGAAAUGUCCAUCUGUUGAGCCGAUCUUACCAGACUACUCAGAAAUUAAUUUCUCGAGUGAGGAGGACGCUUUGGCCGAGGUUGAGUUGGAGACUCUUCAAACAGGAGCAGAGACCAAGGAACCGUCCUCAAAAGCUGAAGGCAAGGAAGAAGCUGAGCUGAAUCUUCUUCGAUCAGAGGUAGUUGCCCUUACAGAGCAACUCAACUCGGUGAAUUUAGAAGUGGGUUCUGCGUCAGACUGCCCAAGCCUUCCCAAUUUCUGUGCAGAUUUUGCACAACGUUGUAUUCCAGUAUCAGGAGCAUCCAAAUUUGAUCCUAUGUUCUCUGUGACCGGCAAAUCUCUAGAGAGCCCAACAUCCAGAGCCAAGAGGUUCGCAGAUUAUGGUGGAUCAUGCGGUUCAGAAUCAGAAGUUUGGUCUGAACCAGACCGAUGUGCCUCUUUGGCUAGAAUUGGGCUCAGCAAGGAAUCAAUGGCAGGCACUAACCAAUGUUCAGAGACAGAAACAUCUGACCUAGAAGACAUCUCUAAACUCAAACUAUCAGGUAAACAGAGUAAAAAAAUAUAUGGUAAAUCGAUGAAACAGAAACUCCGUCUAUUUGAAGAGAUGAAUUCGUCAUUGAGACAAGAAAUUCAAAGUCUUCAUGGUGUGAUAGCGACAGUUUCUAAUAAGAUAAGUGAUGAAGAAUUCGUCCGCCAACUAAGAAGCCUGAACAGUCAGCUGUCAAGUUCCCAUUCAAAAUGUGCAAUUCUUGAGAAACAGCUUAUAAUGGCCAAUACGCGAUGUCAGACACUCCUCGUUUUGCUGGAAGAUGCGCAGCUCAAAUCUAAAGAUGCUGCCCAACGAGAGGCUCGGAAAGGACACAUCAGCCAGGAAACAAUCCAUCAACUUGAGACACAAGUUAAAGGACUCGAAGCACAACUAGCUGAAUCCACCUCAGAGCUUGGAUCCCUCUCUCAACUCAAAAAUGACUACAAUGCAAUGACGCAAGAGCUUUCUCAAGUCAAAUCAGCCCUGGCGGAAGAGAAGACUGCCCAUGCAGCCACACAGGAAACGGUCUCACAACUUCGCGUUGAGAUCAAACAAGUUCAAGCGCAUAUUCAAACGCAAAAGGAAUGCAUCCUGGAAAAGGAGUGCGCCCUCUUGGAGGCCCAGAAUAGACUCAAAGAGUGUGCAAUUGAGUUUGAGCUUCGCACCAAGGAAACGCAAGAGUGGAAUGAAAAGCGUGUGAAAGAAGUUGAGAACAGUCUGUGUGAGGCAACAGCUAAACUCCAUGCAGCUGAGGCCAAGGUAGAGGAAUUGUCUGGGCGGCUCAUGUUAACGGAAAGAGAAUUCCGUGAGACAGAACGCAAGUUUGAAGAGACAAAGAUGCGUCUCGGCCAACGAGAAAGCGAGGCUAUGACAUUGCGGCGUGAGGUUGGUACGCUGAGGUCAGAGGCAAAUGAGACCAAAAUGCUUUUGGACCAACGCGAGACUGAACUGAACACACUUAAGGCGCAAUGUGAAAAAGAAGUUACUGGUUUGAAGUCUGAACUAGAAUCCUUCCGUGCAGAAGAAACGCAUAAUGCAGAGCUCCACCGGCGGGUGCUGAUGGAAAUGUCCCAACAGAUUGAAACUCUCAAACGAGAACGUGCGGAGGCACUUGAAUUAGUGCAAACAUGGCGGGCAAAGGUAGAUGCCCUCGUUCGUGAAAAAGCAGAAAUGGCAGACUGUGUAGAUGCCAUCAAGGCGGAACAAGAGGUCCGCGCAGAGCAGCUGAAUAAAGCCGAGAAAGUGGCACGUGAGACUGAAGCAGGGCUCCGUUAUCAGUUACAGGCUGCUUCAUCUCAAUGUGCGUAUGCUGAGACUCAUACGAGGACCUUGGAGAAACAGUACAAGCUGCGUGAACGCGAGUUGAAGUCAUGGUUCGCAGAGCGGGAGGCUGAACUCCGCCGGCAGCUGGACCACGCAACACUCACGACUUCCGAGGUAGUGCUAGAGAGGACUCGCCUGGCCAAUGACAAACUACGUCUGCAGCAGGAGCUGCGGAACCGCACUCACUACAGCACCGGCAGACAUGGUGAAGAGCUGGAGCGAGUCAAGCGGGAACUAGAGAGGCGGGUAGCUGAACUAGAGGCAGCCAAUGGGGAACUAGAAUCCAAGCUUGCCAACUUGUAUGUCUACAAAGAGUCGUACUCGGAUGGCGAAGCCACCUCAGCCGGCGAGGAAUCACUCCUGGGCAGUCCUGUACAGAUAGCACCGCUGAAUGUUGAUACUGUGAAUGAUGCUCAAACAUCACAAAGGCUGAAAACUUGCAUUUCAACCCUGACGUAUAACCACAUUUACCUACGGCAGCGGAGUAAUGAAAACUCAUCAGACUAUGUCUCGGAUCAGGAACUUGCGCUGCCAUUGCAGAUGACGGAGAAAAAUAUGGAUGUGGGAACAUGUUCACCAGAUCUUGGGAUAGAGAGUGACCAAGGCCGUGCCUCUUCCAGCGACCAAGUCACACUCUGCAAGAGCAGUUCAGAGGUCGCAAAACUUGAAGAAGAAAAUGUUACUCUGCGCAAUAAACUGCUGCGCACCAAACAGGCACUUGAAGAGACUCUCAAUCAACUGUCAACUGCUAAUAAGAAAAAGCGGCAAGUUGAGAGUGCCAUUUGUAGGCAGCUUCACAAAACGCACCAUAUCCUUAAAAAAGCUCGUGUGAACUUGGAACUUCGAUCAGAAAGCACGCAACUGGUACAAGAAAGUACCAAUCCAAAGUGAAUGUUUUGAUACCGUUUUUAUAAGGCAGAUUCUAAGGAAAUCUGAAUUCAAUACAGGUACCAUCAAAAACAGCGUUAAAAAGUCAUUAUGGUCGCAAACUACUUUUUGUUUGUGUAUUGAAUUUUGCUGAUUUGUUUUAUAAGGGUUUAAACACAAACGCACAAUAUUACUGAUUCACUCAUUUUAAGUCUAUUGACUUUGCUUUUUAGAUUGAUUUUGUGCCAAAACUCUGGAUCUCACAUUACUUCUGUACAAAGUAAACCCUUGCACAAAAAUUUACCUUCUAGAUAAAACGUUGUUUGUACCAGUGGAAGUAGUACUGUGUGUGGUGUAAGAUUCUCUAGUUAGAGUGAAACUAUCUCUCGCAUUUAUCUUGGCUUCCAACUUAGCAUCUCCUCAGAGAAUAGCUUAUUUUCACGAUUAGAUAGCGGCGAACAACUAGAAUAAAACCGCUACCAAAUGACAAUUUUUUUUCACUUCUAAAGUUCGCUUCUUCAAUUAAGUAUUUUAUUAAUGUGGUGUUUCUACCCAUAAGUGUGCCUUUCAUUAGCAUUUAGCCUCUUGUUUUUAUUUUCUAUGUAGGUCUUCCUUAGUUAAUUCUAGCUUUAUGAAUUAGACCCAGGGGUCAGUCUGUUUGCUCAUCAAAAUAAUUUGCCCCAAACAUACUAGUAAUGUACGAUCAGAUAGCAUAUUAUAUCAAGGCUGUAGUAUUCAUUUGGAAUUCUAUUAACAUGAAAAUUGGACAAACACGGAGAAAAAUGCAUUUUGGCUGAAUCCCAGGAGCAGUCUAAAAGUGCUUCUACUAACCUUCUUCAAAGGUAGCCACGGUCAUAACAGCACAACCGCCUGAGCUACGGUUGUACUGAAACCAAUAUCAGCUGAAGCACAGUAAGAUCCAAGAUACCAGCGCUAAAAUUUCAUGGAAGUAAAUAUAGACAGCUCGUCGUAGUUCAAUUGAAUUUCAUUUUUCUGCUGGAAUUAGAUUUUUGUUAACAAACAAAAUCCACCCACAUGAGCAGGUCUGUGGAAAUAUAUGUUGGUAAAAUUGUGUGAAACAAUUGUUCAAUCGAAGACAUUUGUUAAUUUCAAAGUCAUAAUUAAAUUUCUUCCUAAUUCUUUAUUGAGACAGUAUUACAAUUAAAUUAAGCUAUGAUAAGGCAAAAAGUGACCUUUUUGUGAGAGGAUCACUGAAAUCGAGGAGAUACUCCCAGAUUUUAUGUUUAAUUUACUUUCUUCCAACACCUUCAUGUACAAUGAUCUUGUGAUUUAUUUUUAGCGAUCAGUUCUUGGAAAGUUGUAGUACUUGAAAAUAAUGAAUAUUAUCAUUUAACACGAUUGUUGUUAGACAUAAAAAUCUCCUUGUCAUUGAAAAUUUUUAUUCUAGUUCGUAAGUCAUAAUUUUUUUUCUCUCAGUCAUUACUGCCAAGACUAUUUUUAUAUCGCUAUUUUAAGUUUUGUUCAGUUUUUAUCUUCCUUUUGCGUUUUUGCUGGCAAACUGAUAAAAUUUCUAGAGGUCCAGAUCUUUUUGCACUUUCAACAGUUGAGUGAGUUCAAGCGUUGAGUGUUGUCGAGUUUCAUAACUUGAAAAUUUGCCUUGAAUAUUCAAUAAAUAUCACUGAAAUUAUCAAGCAUAUUCAUCAAAUACAAUGGAAUACAUUCCUUGAUACUGUAAUCAAAGCUUUUUCAUUUUUUACCUUCUUAAGUAUGUAUCAGGAACUUGCGAUUAUUUUGCCAGUGUGCUAGCAUUAAGUUCCUAACCUCAAAUACCUAUUUACUGUGCUUUAUUUGCACCCUCUUCAAUUAUACCUAGUAUGAAAUUGACUAUGUAGUCACCUUAAUAACCUUUCCAUCCUGUGAAAGUCUCAAUUUUCAAUUCGCAUGACUCCUAACACUUGAACCAUAUGAAUUAACAUUAGAGUAAUAUUUUUGAAUGCGCUUUAAUUUAUUCCCUCUUUACCGAUAUUUUUUAAUUUGGAUUAUUUAAUAACUGAUCUUUAAUGAUUAUUUUGUAUUGUAUUUUCCCUUGAUUUUCUUUCCUUUUAAUUUCCCAUCAAUUUCAAUAAUUCCUAAUUGAAUAAUUUCUUUUAAGUUUAACCAGAUAUUCCUUUACUUUUGCUCUCUAAUUGUAAUAUUCUACUCUCAUAUACUAUAGCCAGGCACCAACAUCAGCUGGUUGAGCUGAUGUUGAAAUCGAAUGUGCUCUUACAAAUUCUACAAUUUUUUAAGCUGUGUCAACUCUUAGAAUUUCAAAAA